CACAUCGUCCUUGCGGCCAUAAUUCCUUCCGAUCAUGUUCAUCGCUACCCAUAAGCUGGAGGUGCUUAAGGACUACGUCGGUGCCUUUGGGCAAUUCAUUGCAUCGUGGCACGGUCCUAGCUAAAGCAGCUUCGCAUGCACUCUGCGAUGCAAUUCCGGACAUUCCCAGCACAGUCUUACAGCAGGCGCUUGAUGAGUACCCGGACCUUGAUGACGUUGAUGAGGAGCACGUCGAGAUGUGGAUGGCGUCAACUAAGUCAUUGCUGAAGCUGACGGACGAGGAUGUCCAGUCCUCCCUGCGCCGCCACCCCUGGCUGCUGCUGGCGGACCCGGGCACCAUGCGCACCCGCGUGACGGCGCUGAGCCGCGUGCUGUCGGCGGAGGAGAGCCAGGUUGCUCGCGCCGCGGUUUCCCACCCCGACGUGUUGGAGCUCAGUCCCAUGCACGUCAUGGAGCAGCUGCUGUACGUCAGCGGUACGACAGCGCUGUCGUACGACACGGUGGUGGCGCUGGCGCUGUCCUGCCCCACGCUCAUGUGUGCGGAGCCGAG